GUAUUUUAUGAUAAAAUCAGACUAAUUUUACUCAUAUGGUUAUAUUUAUGAGUGUAGAUAAGAUGUGUAAUUAGUAAUUAUAAUUUAUAUAAUUUAUAUUAGGUUUUGAUGUAGAUUAAUUUUAGAGAACUAGUUACAUUAAUAAGCAAUUGGCGAAUAUUCUUAUGAAAAUCUGGCAGACUGCUUGCACAUUCCCAUUUCCGCUUUCUUAAUAUCUGUAUUAAUUUUAAAGGAUAGAAUGGCUAGACGCCGAAAAAUACUUAAAUUCUCUGGAUAAUGUGAUAUUUUGGAGUAUUGUGUUUCUUGUUUACAAACUAAGGCUUCGGAAAACCAUCUUAAAUGUACAUGAUGGGGAAUUCUGACAGCCGCAACCUCGACCAUGGACACAAUCGUUAUGAUAGUCGGGGAACUGGGCUGGAAUUGCAAAGGAAACCAUCGGUUCCUGUACCAAGACUACCAAUGCCAGACGGUCAGGAAUUGGAAAGGAGAUUUACCAAAGUGCUUACAUCCAUGGAUUUGCCUCCAGAUAAGGCAAAAGUACUUAAAGGUUAUGAUGAUGAGAGAAAGUGGGACUUAAUAUGUGAUCAGGAACGUGUCCAUGCUAAAGAUCCUCCUCAUGCCUACCUGGAAAAGCUUAAGGCAUAUUUAGAUCCUAAGGCAACUAGAAGCUCUAGGCAAGCUAUGUGUAUAGCAAUUCAUACAAUGAUUCCAGUUCCAUUCAUUAAGAGGAAAAUGUUAGGGGAUUCAACAUCAACCCAAGUCCUUAGAGAUCUGGAAAUUUCACUUCGGACCAAUCAUAUAGAGUGGGUUAGAGAAUUCUUGAAUGAACACAACAAAGGUCUUGAUGUCCUGGUAGAUUACUUAUCCUUUUCGCAAGUUGUUAUGAGACGAGAGCAGCUGUUAAAUAAUGAAAAAACCUCGAGUUUGGAUUCCGGAUUAAGCAGAAGUCCUAAACGAUAUCUUAAAAGAUCUAAUACAAUUGGUUCUCCGCGCAGCUCAAAAUAUAUUAACAAGUUAAAUAUGGGUGAAGCUCGAGACGAUGUACAUGUGUGCAUAAUGUGCUUACGAGCAAUUAUGAAUCACCAGUAUGGUUUUAAUUUAGUGAUAGCCCACACAGAUGCAAUCAACUGUAUUGCGCUCAGUUUGAAUCAUAGAAGCCUAAGGACGAAGGCUCUUGUAUUGGAACUUUUGGCAGCUGUUUGUUUAGUCAGUGGUGGGCAUGAUAUUAUUCUUUCAGCGUUUGAUAAUUUUAAAGAUGUGUGUGGAGAGCAGCACAGAUUUGAAACUCUUAUGGAUUAUUUUAAAAAUUAUGAUGAAUUCCACAUAGAUUUUAUGGUUGCUUGUAUGCAGUUCAUCAAUAUUGUAGUCCACUCCGUGGAAAACAUGAAUUUUCGAGUUCAUUUACAGUAUGAAUGUACUAAUAUUGGUCUUGAUGACUAUCUAUCAAAAUUACGCAACACAGAGAGUGAUCGACUUGCAGUGCAAGUCCAUGCUUAUCUAGAUAACAUGAUUGAUGUGGCCCAAUUGCUGGAAGAUUCAGAAACAAAGACAGAUGCUCUAGAAAAAGUGGCAGAACUAGAGGAUGAUUUAUCUCAUAUUACAGAAAGAUUAGCAGAGGUUGAGGAAGAAGCAAUGACCAAAACAGUGGAGUUAGAAAAACAAUUAUCAGAAGCUAAUGCAGAAUUGGAGGACCUUAGGGAGUUAACAUCUAAGCAAGAGUUAGAGAUGAAUAUGCUUCGUCAGACUAUGAUGGAGAAAGAUGAAGAAUCUAGGCAACGGCUUAGUAUGCUUGAUGCUAAGCUUUUAGAAUUGGAAACAUUGAAAUCUUUACCAGGUGGCAGCUCUUCAGAAGGAUCUCCAAUAAGAACUCCUGCAUUGUCCCCUGUUUCUGCACCACCACCUCCACCGCCUCCCCCACCUCCUCCACUUCCUAAUGCUCCAGGAGCUCCACCACCACCUCCUCCCCCAGGCAUAGGCAUUCCUCCCAUAGAUGCAAUGACCAUAAAAAAGAAAAUUCAAACCAAGUAUCGGUUGCCAAUUCUCAAUUGGACCCCACUUAAACCACAGCAGCUCAAAGGAACUAUCUUCUCAGAUCUGGAUGAUGAGAAGUUAUAUACUGUUAUAGAUUUUAAUGAAUUUGAAGACAUAUUUCGGUUGGGUCCUGCUGGGCCUCUAGUAGGAGGAGGAGAUGGCACACCCAAACUGCUCAAAAAAAAUAAAAAGCCAGAAACUGUAUCUUUGUUAGAAGCAAAUAGAUUGCGUAAUGUUGCUAUAACCAGAAGGAAAAUUGAAUUAUCAAAUGAUGAUAUUGUAAAAGCAAUAAAUGGGCUGGACCUAAAAAAGUUAUCCUUAGAUGUUGUAGAUAUUAUGAUGACUAUAUUGCCUAAUGAAAUAGAGACAAAAGCAUAUAAAAACUUUGAAAGAGAGAGACAAUCAGUUAAUUCAUUAUCAGACGAAGACAAAUUUAUGUUACAGAUGGUUAAAGUAGAAAGAUUGGCUCAAAAACUUCAGAUUAUGAGCUUUAUUGGUAAUUUUUCAGACAACAUACAUCAGCUACAACCACAAGUAAAUGCAGUUAUUGCUGCAUCUAUGUCAUUAAAAAAUUCACACAAAGUUCGCAAGAUAAUGGAAAUCAUUCUAGCUCUUGGGAACUAUAUGAACAGUAAUAAAAGAGGAGCAGUGUAUGGAUUUAAGCUACAGAGUCUUGAUAUGUUGGUAGAUACGAAAUCUGGAGACAAAAAGACAACAUUAAUGCAUUUCUUAGUAAUGACAGUGCAGGAUAAAUUCCCAGAUCUUUUAAAUUUUGAUUCAGAACUCAGAUUUUUAGACAAGGCAGCUGUUGUUUCAAUGGAGAACAUCAACACUGACAUACAUGAAUUAGAGAGAGGAAUGGAGCUGACAAAAAGGGAAGCAAUUAUUCGUAAAGACUCCAGAGACUAUCCUCCCAUUUUAAAAGAUUUCCUGUCCAAUGCUGAGGAGAAAUUUAAAAAACUGUUGGGAGAUGUAAAAACUGGCCAGGACUCAUACAAGAAAGUGGUGGAGUUUUAUGGUGAAAAUCCAAGAAGCAUAUCACCUGCUCAAUUUUUCUCACAAAUAGUCAGAUUUGUGUCUAGUUUUAAGCAAGCUCUUUUAGAUAAUGAGAGAAGAAGAAAGCUAGAACAUGGAUUAUUGGAGCCUGACGUACAACCUGUAAAGAAAAAGGACAAAAAAGUAACACAGGAGGCCAUGGUAAAUGAGUUAAAAAAUCGUAACCGGGAAAGAAAAGAACAAAGAAGGCUGCUAAAACAAGAUGACAUGUAUCAUGGAGCUCUUGAGGACAUUCUUUUAGAUCUAAAAAAUGAACCAUACCGUAGAGCUGACGCCUUACGAAGAAGUCAAAGAAGAAGAGCAGAAAAUUUAAUUCAGGCUCAACACAGUGGAUCAGGAGAUGUCUUUUAGAAAAAAAAUUGUAUUAUAUAGAGAGUUUUAUUGAAUUAUAUCACUGAGAACUUUAGUCAUAUACACCUAUGCUGUCAGUGUGACGAUGGCAAUUAAGUUCACCAAGUUGUUAACAGUAAUGUUAGGGUAAUUUUAGUUCACCACUACAAUUUUAUAUAAAUCAUGACAAGAUAGAAAUGUAUAAUAUGUACAAACACAAUUUGCUGUGGCAUUUUGCCAAAUGUUACCAAUUAUGAGUUUCAUGUUAAGCUGAAUAUCAAAACAAAUUAAGUUAAAGUUUUAUAUUUAUAGUUGUGUACUAAUGGUAAAGUAUUUUAUGAGGAAGGCAAAAGUAGAAAAAUAUAUGAGGAGUUAUUAUUUGCUGGUUAUGUCUGGCUUUUAUCAUAAAUCUGAAUUUUUGUUAUAUUACUAUGAAUUACAGUAAACAAAAUAAUUAAUGGGAUUUUUGUGUUGCUAUUAAAUAGCAGUUUUAAGGUAAAAUAAGUAAAAAAAUAAUUUGCAACUAAGUACACUUUUUUGUUUUAGUAAAAAAAAAUUUAAGAAUACUCUUGGCUCAAUUUUUUUUGUUUACUUAUUGUUACUUUUGUAAUUGGACCAUGAUAUGAUUUUGAUUUCAAAUUUUAUAUAUUUGAUACAUUUUCAGAAAUAUUGCAUUUCUUUUAAAAAAAAAGAUUUUACUUUCCAGAACAUUGUUGAAAAAUAAGUAUGUUCAUAUUUGUAGUAUACGAGUACUUCAAUUGCUGUGCCUAAUUAUACACAACAAACAGAUUGCUUGCAGCAUGCUAUCAAUUAAAAAGUGCACUUUAUUUUAACUGAUAUUUGAUUUCCAUGUUUCACUGCCAGUCAUAUAACAAUUACACAAUAUCUUUGUAUAAUAAGUUAUGGAUAGACACAUUCAAUAUGCUUAAAAAAAAAUUAUGUAAAACUGGUGCAUUCAACCAAAAUUUUGUAAAAUUGUUGGGAUGUAAUUUUUUUAUUCUGAUGAAGCUAGAUGUUUGUUAAGCUUAGCUUUAAUAUUUUCUUUGCUUGUUAAACGGUGCCACCAGAUAUCAAUUUUAACUCGUACAUUUCUAUGCAAUUUAAAAAUCAUUAGAUGUCUUGUCCAUUUUAAAAGUAUUAAUGAGACUUCAUUUAAAAGCAUUACUUCUGUUCUUGCCAUCCAUAUGCUGUACACUUCUGUAAAAACUAAGUUACACAAGAUUAUUUUGCUACUUUUUUUUUAAAAGAGUGUAACUGAUGAAUGUUUCAGAUCAAAGAACACAGUAAUUUUAACUCAUCUGUGUAAUAUAAACUGCUUCAAAUAUUGUUUUAUUCAAUUUUUUUUUGGUAACCUGGUUGCUAGACUAGCUUAUUAAGUUGUAAGUUUUUUUGCUGUGCAAAUGUUUUUACGGUCUGUUCAAUUAAUGUUUUGCAUGUUGUUAUCACAUUACUGUUUCUAACUUAUUAUUUUGCGAGAGCGAUUUCUUUCUGUACAUAAUUUUAAACUUAAAUUAGUUGAAAGUAUGAGUUGUCUGUAGAAGAAAACACCAAAAUUUUCAAUACUCAGUGUAGCCAACAACAUAGCUAGCCUUGGCAUGUACAAGGGCGCUGAAUGCAGUUCGAACAGAUGAGAUCAACUAGUCGUUCACAUCCUGUACUCUCGUUAGAAAAAUGUCACAUUGUCCAAUUUAACUAGUUCUAAUUAUGAAAAAAGUUUAUUUAUGUUUGAAUUAUGCUUUUUGUUCAUAUUAGAUUUUAGUUAGACACUAAUGCUUUCAGUGCUGAUAGCAAUUGCAAAUUUGUGGCUAUGUUGUGUUCAUCCUCAACUGUAAUAAGUAUUUCAAUGACUUACAUUUUCUUUCAUUAAUAUAACUCAUGUGUGGGUUGUCAACAUCAUUGCUAGGCCAUUUUUUAAUAGAGAAGAAAAAAAUGGUCAUCUAGUUAACCAAUUUCAUUCAACAUUAUGUUAACCUAAAAAAAAUCUUUUUAAAAAUUAUAUUAAACCAAGGUAUUGAAAAAUUUAUUGUGAAUUGAAAGGAGUAUUUAAUCCAACCAACACUAAUUCAAGUGUGCUCUUUUUAUUAUAUUGUGUAGUUAUUUAAAAUUUACAGCAAACUCUUUAUAAAAGUUGUCAUAAGUUUUUGAUAAUGUGAAAUUGUUUUAAGCUGAAAUUAUUUAACUACUGAUUCAUAUUUCUAAUGCUGAUAAAUUUUAUCUCUGAGUGAUUAACGCAAAGUCUAGUUAUUGAUUGUAAAAUUUUUCAUAUUUUCUCUCUGCUACUUACAUGUCCUAGUCAUAAUUCUGUUUUCUUUUUUUUUGUUACAUUUUCUCGUGUGCAAUGAAUUUUAAAUUGUUUUUCGCUUGCUUUGGUCUUCAUAAAAAUAAAAGUUUAUUUUUAUAGUCCCUCCUUGAUGGCAGUCUAUUUCAUGAGACAGGGUUUUAAAAAUAAUUUGUUUAUGGAAAAAAAUUAAAUUUAAAUUUUCAGUGAUUAAAGUUGUACUAUAAUCAUAGCUAUUUGUUCUUUUAACUUAAAAAUUCAUUCUUGGUAUGUAAAUAAGCUAAAAUAUUGCUUUUUAUACCAGCUUUUUACUGUUGUAUGAUAAACUAUAGUUCAGUAUAAAUAUAUUAGAUUGUAUGUAUGUAGUUAUUCAAACUGUGCUUCCCAUUGCAAAUGUAAAUAUAUAAAAACAUAUACUGAGGUUGAAGUAUGGUGUGGAAGUGUUUGAAAUAGUUUAUUCAGAUUGUUCUUUAAUAGUAUUAAACAUGAAGCUAGACAUGCUAAAUCAGUUUUUGGCUUACUUAGUCAUGGUUGCAAUUUAUUUCAGGUUUAAAACAAAGUUAUGACAUAACGUUUAAAAAUUUUACCUUCUCGAUCAAUAAUUCAUUGUAUUUUAUAAUAGAUUCUAUUUUUUGUAGUAGCAACCAUUAAGUGUUGAAGAUGAGUUAACACCUUUGUAUUUAAAUAGGACUAGGGACAUUUAAUAAAUCUUGUGCCUAAUUACAAUGAAUGAAUGAACUGAUUGAAUGUUGUACUUGUGUACAUCAAAUGAGACAUUUUACAAAUUGUUGUUGUAAUUGUGUGAAUGUACUAAUUAGAAAAAACGAAAGUGAAUUUUUUCAUGUCUAAAUAUAAAUAAAUGACUGCUAAUAUUU